ACAAGCGGUGGGUGAAGUUUGGAGAUGGUCCAUCAGUUAUUUGUCGACACAUCGGAAAGCCGAAACGGAGCUCUCUUGAUCUGCUACCAAUUCGUUGUUGAGAAACACAUAGCUAUUUCAGAAUCGAAAUUACCGCGAGCUGUUGAGCAACAUAGCCACCUCCGUACUGCGUUUACAUUUGUGCGGAGCAGGUGUAGAAGAUGGAGGGAGAGGUGGGCCUUGUGACCAGCCGCAGUCAGAGGGAGAAGAAAAGAUCCUACAAAGAUUUCCUGAGAGAGGAGGAGGAGGAUGAGGAUGAUGACCUAGUGGCGGACGCGGAACAACUUGUUGUCAAAGAACGCAAAUGCAAGAAGUCAUACAAGAAGGAGAGGAGACAUUCAGGUGACCACACCCACCCCCACAGUUGGACCAAUGGCAGUGCAGGACCAGAGUUGUAUGUUCUCUCCCAUCACCAGUACGACCACCAGACCUGUGAAUCACCAGACGAAUGGUUAACAGAGGGGGAGAGAAUUGAGGAAAGUAGGGAUGAGUCUACCAUGCCAUCGUUCUGGAUGUACAUGGACGACCAGCAGAACGAGAUAAGAGCGGAGGCCUCUACAGCUAGUUGCAGUUUCAUGACCCCUGAUACCACAGACUCACCCAUGUUGACAGGGCCUGAGGUAGACCCAGUGAACGCGGCGGCCCACCUACAGCUGCUGGGGGAAUCGCUGUCUCACAUUGGCCACCGGCUUCAGGGAACUAAGGAGAUGAUGGCAGUGUCAGGUAGUCUGUCUGUGUUACUGGACUCUCUACUGUGUGCCCUGGCUCCCCUGGCCUGUCUCACCUCUCUGGUCCCCGAGCUACGCAGCUGCCCUUCACACUCACACACACUGGUGAGGCUUACACACACACACACACACACACACACACACUGGUGAGGCUUACACACACACACACACA